UCCGCGCGACAAACUGAACACGAGGCGUUGCGAACGCUCCAAGAGCGCACAGCGGAUACAAAGUGGAAGCGUUCCAGAAAAACAGAUACAACGUGCGUUAUAUCGAGAAGAAACCCAUCAUAUUAAAUCUUUACGAGCCGGGCGACCAUUCAGAGCAGGUGUCAUAACGCGUCGUUGUCAUCUGCUAACAAUUUGAGCGCUGUUGCCUGGUGGUCGACCAAAGGCUUCGUUGUUUUAUUUCUCAUUUAACAAGCGCGUUUCGGCCGCGCGUCCCAGUCAACUGUAGUUAUUCAUGCUUUGUUUACGGAGUCGUAAUCCAAGCGUAAAUUGCAACUUAGUUUUGCGCGUCGCGUGCUUUGAAGUAGGUUGUAGCUAGCUAUUGUAAUUUUUUUGUGAGCACCACGUGAGAGGGGAUGCAACGAGCGUUAAGCGGGCACACCCGCGGGAUAUGAUACCUGACCCACUGAGAAGCUCAGACCAGAGCAUCGGACACUGACUUUUGGUACGACUUGAGAGUCCUCUCUACUUUAAACAGCGUUUACAAUGUACUUUUGACACAGGACCCGUGCAUUUCUGCAGAAAGGACACCAGCCAGCAACUUUAGUUUUUUUCAUGUUUGUUUAAAUUACAUGCAUUUUGUUUUUGGUACACUUUUUAGAAAGAUUGACUGUGCAUCAUCAAAACGCACCAAAUAAUGUGCGAAGCAAAAUUGCGUUGAAUGCAUUUUACGCGUUCGAAAAUUAAACCAUAUACAGUUUAAUUCAAGCAUCUUUGGGUAUAUUUUUGAAGAGAAGAGGAGAUCGCAAUAGAUUCAGCGUCACACGGGCAGUCUGAUCCUGGUGAGCAUGGCGGUAUUAUGGGAUGACCCGAUGGGGUUACUGUGGAGACGGACUCUUAUUUAUUGUAUUCUGAUGAUUUGCAUCACGGAUGUGCGCACCUUAGGAGACGAACCCUUCAAUGGAGAGUCAUGGCUGCGAUUGUACGGUUACCUCCCUCAGGCCAGCAGGCAGAUGUCUACCAUGCGCUCUGCUCAAAUCCUGUCUAACUCCAUCAGCGACAUGCAGCGUUUUUAUGGGCUGGAAAUCACCGGAGAGUUGGACCAGGCCACCAUCGAGGCCAUGAAAAGACCCCGUUGUGGUGUACCAGAUAAGUUUGGGGGUCAAAUCAAAACCAACGUCCGGCGGAAAAGAUACGCACUCACUGGCCACAAAUGGGACAAGACCCAAUUGACUUUUAGUAUUCAGAACUACACCCCGAAGAUCGGCGAGUACAACUCCUAUGAGGCCAUCCGAAGGGCCUUCAAGGUGUGGGAGAAGGUGACACCCCUCAAAUUCGAUGAAAUUCCUUAUUUUGAGGUCAAAUACGGCCGUCGGAAGGAACCUGACAUCAUGAUCUUCUUCGCCUCUGGUUUCCAUGGUGACAGCUCACCGUUUGAUGGAGAGGGGGGAUUCCUGGCACACGCUUACUUCCCUGGUCCAGGGAUGGGCGGAGACACUCACUUUGAUUCGGACGAGCCAUGGACACUUGGCUCAGAAAACUUGCAGGGUGAUGAUCUGUUCCUGGUAGCGGUGCAUGAGCUGGGCCAUGCCCUUGGAUUGGAGCACUCAAAUAAUCCCAUGGCCAUCAUGGCUCCUUUUUACCAGUGGAUGGACACAGAAAACUUUGAACUUCCUGAGGACGAUCUCCGUGGGGUUCAGCAGAUUUAUGGACCCCCUAACAGUUCCCCCACUCAAGCCCUCCCCACCGUGACCCCCCGGCGACCAGCUCAGCCAGGCCCCAGGCCACCCUUCACUCCAAAGAGGCCAGAAAGACCUCGUGCCACUGAUCGCCCCGAUCACUAUGGUCCAAACAUCUGUGAGGGCAAUUUCGACACAGUCACCAUGCUCAGGGGAGAGAUGUUUGUGUUCAAGGGUCGCUGGUUCUGGAGAGUCAGGAGAAAUCGAGUCCUGGAUAAUUACCCAAUGCCCAUUGGACACUUCUGGAGGGGUCUGCCGGGGGACAUUGACGCCGCGUAUGAAAGACAUGAUGGCCGUUUUGUGUUUUUCAAAGGAAAUCAGUACUGGUUGUUCAGGGAAGCCAACCUGGAGCCAGGUUACCCUCAAGAACUCAUGGACUAUGGCAGAGAGAUUCCCUAUGACAAGAUCGAAACAGCCAUCUGGUGGGAACCUUCGGGAUUCACUUACUUCUUCAAAGGAGACUGGUACUGGCGCUUUAAUGAGUACUCUAGAGCCGCAGAUCAGGACUACCCUAAACCAAUCAGUGUGUGGGGCACUUCUGUACCGUCCUCUCCCAAGGGGGCCUUCCUAAGCGAUGAUGGAGCAUAUACGUACUUCUACAAGGGAUCAAAGUACUGGAAAUUUGACAAUCACAGAAUGAAGAGCGAGCCGGGUUAUCCCAAAUCCAUUCUUAGAGACUUCAUGGGCUGUACCGUGGACCUUGAUGCCGAUAGAGACACCAACGUGGACCCGGGAAUCAAGUUUCCCGACCGGCCUCCUUUCAACCCGGAUGCAGGGCAAGAUAAAGAUAAGGAGAAGGACAAAGACCAAGACAACACCAAUGAUGUUGACGAGAAAGAAGAAACCGAAGAGAAAACGAAUGAGGUGGAUGUGGUUCUGAAGAUAAACGAGACGGAGCGUACUAUGAACAUCAUCAUGGUGACUGUACCCCUGGUCCUGGUGCUGUGCAUCCUGGGAUUGAUCUAUGCCAUCAUUAACACACUUCAGAGGAAAGGAGCACCUAAAUAUUUGGUGCACUGCAAACGUUCGAUGCAGGACUGGGUUUAACCUUUCACCUCUUACCACCGAUCCAUACCCUGUCCUGCCUUUCCAUUGCAUACAAACGAAAACUGUUUGCACACGCACAUACACAUGUUUAGUUUAGCUCUUCUUUUACUCAUGGUGCUCUCCUAACAUCCAUUAGUCUAUUUAUAUCAGAAAAUUUGCACAUAAUAUUAGAUUUUCUCUUGAUCUGUUCAGACUGCAGGAGAUCUAAAAUGAGAGUAAAAGAGGAACAGACAACAGACUGCAGGAGAAAUUGAAAGUCUUUUAGAGAAAAAAGAGUAAUAUGGAAACCGAGACUGGAAAAUGUCUAUUUAAAUGUUCCUGUUUCCAUUUAUCUGUUCUUUGGGCUCUGAGCUGUGAUGUUCCUUCUGACCGGGCAACUCAUUACACAUCAGUAAAGAUAAUCAUAACAUGUAGAUCAUAUGUUCAAAUUGAGAUAUAUGGAUAUAUCGUAGGGUCCAAAGGUUUGAGGCUACUUGUGAAAAUUUUCUGAUUCAAUACAGAAUAUUUUAUUGCAUUUUUGUUAGGUGUCUUUAAAACUUCUUUUUCUUGUGGUCCUGCUUUAAUGGUUGGAGGUGGUCUGAACUCAACACGAUUGUGCAAAAACUGAUGAUUAUCUCAGCAUGACUUCAGAGUGAUUCAGGCAAGUUUGCUUAAAUUGAAAUGUGCAGAAUCAUGUAUAUUUAUUAUUGCUUUGUCAUAAAAUCGUAAAACUGUUUAUCUCCAGUUUUAAUAAGAAAGGGUGGUCUCAAACGUUCGGACCCCACUGUAUGUUAAUUUGUCAAUAAAUGUUUCGCUCAUCCAGGUUUAACGUAGAAUGUCAAGUCUAUGAGCAAUACAACAGCUGGAUGUAGUUAUCUAACCUGUAACCGAGUCCAGUCGCAUUUGACAAAAUCUUACCCAAAACAUCAUAGCUCUUUGUUUCAAAAUCAUAAAGUAGGGACAUUUCUCUGGGUUUUGUAUGAUCAUAGCAAAAGUCCCAUUUUAUUGCGUUUGUUUUAACAGUACCUUGGUCUAGCCAGCCAAUCGUAUUUUAUGUGCUUUGUCCAUAUCUAUAGAGACGCUCUGACCCCUUUCACUUUUAUUUACCAACAAUCCAAUGAUACUGUGCUGACUGUAAUUUUUUGUCAUCUGAACAACAUAACCUUUCUAUCAUUUGCGACAAAAAGACAGCAUUCAUCGUAGGGCUUCGGUGAGGCAAUGGAGCAAUAUCUAAAUGGUUUAUAUAAUAGCUCUACAUUUUUCAAUCAAAUGACUGAAUAUAUAUAUAUAUAUAUAUAUAUAUAUAUAUAUAAAAAGAACUCAUAAAAACACACCGCUGCGUACACCAAUUCAAAACUCAAUAAAAUACACUCAAGUUUGCUUCUCGGGGCCCAAUUAUGAGUAAAAAGUAUAAGACGCAGCCAGUUGUUGCCGGAAUGUUAGAUAAUCCUCUCAUUUUAAAAACAGCAGGGGGUUAAAGCACAUUGCCAACAUGCUCCCACCCCCAAAUCUCUCCCUAUCAGAAAUACGACUCUGCAGAAGGUGGCCAGGAGUAGGGACAACUGCAAGCUCAAACGCAUGGGUUAAGAUGCGGACACUUGAUCUACCAAGUCUUUGCACGAGGGCUUAUUCUAUGUUUUAACAAGUCACUGUGGGAUUGUGUUUCAGUGAUGGGGCAGAUUUUAAGGGUGGGGAGAAAUAAACAGGCAAGGGUUUAGAUUAAAACAGUGCAAGCCUAAGGUCUGAUGCGUUCUCUAGUAUGUGUCAUUGUGUUCCAUCAUGUGUUAGACCACAAACGGUGCGUUGUUUUCUUGCAUACUUGUAUAGAGUAGCGUGCGUAGCUGGCACAUAGGUUUGCUUCCCCACCGUCUUACACCCCACUUUGCGAAAGGACGCGGGUUAUUUUUGGAAAGCAUUCUCUAACCGGCGGCGUAAAUGCGAUCCUCUUGUCAUUCACAUUUUCAGUCAAACUAGGCAAGUUUCCUAACAUUGCUGUCAAGCAGGUCUGUGUUUGUGUUCUGUAGAAUUUUGCAUAGUCUGGUGUCUAACCCACACUUUGUAUAUUUGGACGCAGCCGAAAAACACUACGACACAAAUCGCUGCCACUUUUUAAAAGCACCUCCCAACAGAAUUCUAGUCACGAUCGUCGCGUUUCUCUGCUCUCAGAGUACGAGAGUUGGACAAGGAGAGUGGUAUUAUAAAUAUUGGCCUGUCAGAGAAAGGUAGAGCAUAGAGCCCUUUGAUAAAUAUUAUUGGUAGAGGAGAGCGAGGACGGUCAUGAUCUGAAUGCCUUCACUUAUGAGUCCCCUGCCGUGCUCCUGUCGUCCGGGGAGAUUUGGAGGAGAGUUAAUCAGACAUAAAAGCUCCUCCGCAGGUUGCCCGGCGCCCUCUACCAUCCCCUUCUUCUGCCCAGAUCAAUGAGGAAUACAGAAAUAGACUUGAAGGAUCUCUGAAUAGCAGCUCAGAGCUCACUCGGGCCUCUCUUUUCUGAACGUGUUUUCCAAAAUAUGCCAUUUGAUAAACAGCAUAAUGGUGCCUACUGUGGUCGAUGAAUAGGCAGCUUCUUAUCCUAUGUCAAACGAAGGCGAUUUACAUUAAAAAAAAACAGGAAAUGUUUUUUGGUUGGGAAACAUUAUCUGAAACCCGUGCUUUGUCAUGAUACCAACACAGUACUUUUUCUGUACGGGCAAGAGUCUAGAUUUCAUGAGAGUGCAUUACUUCUUGUUUUCUUUUUCAUGGUUGGUUAUAAUAUGAUGUAAACAAGAUUGUGGUAGACAAUGACUGAUGAAUAAUCAAAAUGGUCUGUUUGUAUGUGAUACUGUAGUUUUUAAGCAUUUUUUUCAAUCUCAAAUCAAUGUUAGGCCAUGUUUUGGACCGGCUCUUAUAACAAUGGCCACUCUCUCUCUCUUUAUUAUUGUCGGGCACAUUGCUUCUGGCCAACAGGAAGAUGAACCUGGCCCUCAGCCAGGGUCACAAAGUUUCCUCCCAUAAACUCUCACACUCACGUACCAUUCUUAACAACAGCCUCUGUUCCGAAGGCUUUGAGCGUGAAUGACGGACGCUGGAUGUUUGGGUCACACCUUUCUCAUAAGCGCUAAGGAUCAUGCUAACUGUGCGAUGUCUGACCACCUUCAUAGAGCAUUUUAACUGGUGUGGUACAGUCAGGCCGUGCGUAUUUUUUUCCUGAUAUAAACUUAAGCUCUAGAUCAGACGUGCCUCUAAAAACAUCCGUCACAGUUAUUAACCACUGUUAAUUAUUUGUCUGCAAGUAUUGUUGGCUUACUGAACAAAGCAGGCGCAAAGGUUGAGACAAUCGUGUUGUUUUCACCUUAGUGGAGUCAGUUGAGUAGAAUGAGACCUAGACGGUGAUUGUAAGCACGUGGACAUAUUCUUGUCCUGGGUCGAUUUGAUUUUUAAAUCGUCCCAUUGUCUGAUGAUGCGUCUGGGCACGCACACUGUCUUUAAGGGAAUUUCAAUUUACUGGAAACUGACAAAAACAUGCUGUUAAAAUGUAGACGGAGAGAAUAUUUGAGUAAAUUCAAGUAACAAAUGACUAACAAAGCAAUGCUGUGCAAAAUUGUGCUGCAGUGUUUUUCGUAAACACCUCAUCUGUGUUAUUAAUGACAGUAUAAUGACGUUUCAUUCGGUUAUAUUUUGAGUUCCUAAUCUUGAAUUUGGUCAUUUUUAGAAAUGUAAAUAGGACCUUUUUUAAUAAUUUUCUUUUGCGGUUUUUAGAUUUUUACCUUGUUGACAUUCCAAUUUGUGUUGUGUUUUGUUUUUCUUGUGUAGAAACUGAGGAUUUUAUACAUUUAUGUUUGUUGUCACAUCUGAGUGUGUUUAACAAUCCAUGCUGGACAUGUAAACUGUAAUAAAAGAAAAAUUGUUGCUGAA